AUGGGCUGGGCUCGCGAGUCGAUCUUCCAGGACCUGCUGGAGCACAACUCGCGCAAGCUCAGCAAGGACGGCCUGGACACGCUGGCGAACAUCGCCGUCGUGGAUGAAUUCGAGUGCUACAAGCACGUGGCGGCGCUGCUCGAGCGGCAGAUGAGGAAGGGAAAGGACAAGCAGCGCAUCAACGUCCUGCACGUCCUGUCCCACAUACUGAGGCGCUCCAGCAAGAAGCACGGGCAGAAGGACAAAUACGCGAAGAGACUGGAGGGCAGGUUAAUGGAGAUAGGCAAGCUCUUGGGGGAGUGCCCUGCGGAGCAGAGGGACAAGGUUCAGAAGGUUGUGGAAGCCUGGAGGAGGGAAAAGAUCUUUUCCAAAGCAACCCUUGAUGCCCUGGGCCAGGUGCUGCGGCAGUCGAUAAGCACUGCCAAGACAGCCCGACCUGUUGCCGUCAAGAGGCCCCCACACACCAAGUCAAUGGCAGAUGCCAAAACCCCUCAUCAAAGGGCUGAGAAGCCUCCACCAUCUCCAGGCUCCUCUGCUGUGGAAUCCACUGCAGCACCAGCAGGUGAUGGCAAUGAGAUGUACGAUCCGUAUAGGGAUGCUGCAACAGGCGCCGCGGGGACCCUCCCAGUCUCAAUACCUCCUGUGCCCGUGCCACCGCCAGCGGCCCCUCCACCUGCCCCAGCUUCACACCGGCCACAAGUCCUUGUGACAGCCCCCAGUGUGCCACCUGCUCCCAUCGUCCUGGCCCCACCACAGAUGUGUUACGGCGGUGAGAACCCCUACAACUAUAGCCAGUACUACCCAGCCGCCCCCUCUCUGCCCCCCAUGCACCAUGCAGCCCCUGUUCCACCUCCUUCCCACAUCUCUGUCCCUCCGCACCUCCUGAACCCUCCCCGCCCUGCCCCGCUGCCCCCCCCCCAACCCCCUCCGCCUCCCGCCCCUCCUGCGCUCCCACCGGGCAUGGGUCCGCGGGAACCGCAUGGCUUCAAACCCCCACCCCCCCAGCCGCCUCAACUGCCACCCCCGCCGCCUCACAAAGACCUCCCACCCGGCUUGGGCCCCUUGCCCAGCAGCCUCGGGACAAAGACGGCUGCGCCUGUGCGCAAGGCGGUGGCCAGCUCGUCAGCCAGCAUGGCGAGGAAGAGGAGCGAGGAGGCCAGCAAGCUUGAGGACGUUGCACCUACAUCCAAGAGGCCCCGCUCAUCGAGGUGGGGACCGCCGUCCUGCUCCCAGAGCACGGGUUCAAAGGCUGGCCGUCAGGGGCUGGAUGCCAAGGAAUGCACGGGAGGGGCGGCCUUGAGGGGCAGCCAGCAGCGUGCAGACUCCAGCAGCGGCCCUCAGGGCGCUAACCUGGGAAAGGGCCAGCUGGGCGCUGGCACAGGCGAUGGGCUUCAGAGGCCAGCAGUGAAGUGUGAUGUCAAUGCGCUGAUUGAGAAAGCCAGGGGGCUGGCUGCAGCUAUGGUUAGACAGGAGCAAGGUGUAUAUGAGGUUGCGGACUCAAAUGUGCACAUGGGUCCCACUGCCAAGCACCCCAGCCCAGGAGGUGCGAGCCAGAGGCCCGUUGCGCAACCUGCAGCGGAUGACAAGGUGGAUGAUGGUGGUAGUGCGGACAUGUCUUUGGGACAGUCUGGCGAGGUGGCCACCGAGGCAGCUGUGUGCACCGAGCCCAAUGGACCAGAGCGUGGCGCUGAGGAAGUGACAAGCACGCUGAAGGUGUUCAAGGGUGAGAGCGAUGGCGGCAAAGAGGCGGCUGGGAAGGCAGGCGCACCUGCAGGGGACUUGGGCACCAUCCUUGGACCUGCCCCACCCAUGCCCCCUUCCUCCCUUCCAGCACCGCCACUACCACUUCCCCCACCACCUUCGUCUCUUGCACCGCAGGCUUCAUGCAGCGACGAAUUUGAGGGGGGGGAAGCGGUCGGGGGCUCUGGGCAGGACAGCCAGUCUUCGUCGCCUCAAGGCACUCAUCCCCUGCGGUCAGAGGCAGGAACAGAGAAGGGGACGUCCUCAGCCAAAGGGCUGGCCUUCCAGCCAUGA